GCUGUGACGAGCUUUAUGCGUGUGCACGAUGUUCUGCGUGCUAAAGCUGUGUUUGUGAUGAUUGCAUGUGUUUGUCCUGCAGGUCAGGAGGUCGUCUUCAAGUGCCUCGGGGAGGGAAUACUGGAAAACGCCUUUCAAGGAUACAACGCCUGCAUCUUUGCCUACGGACAGACAGGCUCGGGGAAAUCCUUCUCCAUGAUGGGCAACGGAGAGCAGCCAGGCCUGAUCCCCAGACUCUGCUGCUCGCUGUUCGAGAGGGUCUCCAGAGACCAGAACGAGAGCCAGUCCUUCAAGGUGGAGGUCUCCUACAUGGAGAUCUACAAUGAGAAAGUCCGAGACCUGCUGGAUCCCAAAGGGAGCAGACAGUCUCUGAAGGUCAGAGAGCAUAAAGUCCUGGGUCCGUAUGUGGACGGUUUGUCUCAGCUGGCUGUGAUGAACUUCGAGGACAUCGAGUCUCUGAUGUCGGAGGGGAAUAAAUCACGCACAGUAGCCGCCACUAACAUGAACGAGGAGAGCAGCCGAUCGCACGCCGUCUUCAGCGUCAUCGUCACCCAGACGCUGUAUGACCUGCAGUCUGGGAAUUCUGGUGAGAAAGUGAGUAAGAUCAGUCUGGUUGAUCUGGCCGGCAGUGAACGUGUUUCUAUUCGAAAAACUAACAGGUGGUGUUUUUUGCAUGUCUCCAGGUCUCUGACGACGCUGGGCUGUGUGAUUUCUGCUCUCGCUGAUCAGUCUGCAGGAAAAGGCAAGAGCAAGUUUGUGCCGUACAGAGACUCAGUGCUGACGUGGCUGCUGAAGGACAAUCUGGGAGGCAACAGUAAGACGGCCAUGAUCGCCACCAUCAGCCCUGCCGCUGAUAACUACGAGGAGACGCUGUCAACGCUGCGCUACGCCGACCGAGCCAAGAGAAUCGUCAACCACGCCGUGGUGAACGAGGAUCCCAACGCCCGCAUCAUCAGAGAGCUGCGGGAGGAAGUGGAGAAGCUGAAGGUGCAGCUCUCGCAGGCUGAGUCUCUGAAGUCUCCUGAGCUGCAGGAGAAACUCCAGGAGUCUGAGAAACUCAUUCAGGAGAUGACCGUCACCUGGGAGGAGAAACUCAGAAAGACUGAGGAGAUUGCACAGGAGCGUCAGAAGCAGCUGGAGAGCAUGGGAAUCUCUCUGGAGUCAUCAGGGAUCAAGGUCGGAGAGGACAAGUGCUUCCUGGUCAACCUGAACGCUGACCCGGCUCUCAAUGAGCUGCUGGUUUACUAUCUGAAGGAUCACACGCGUGUGGGAGCCGACACGUCUCAGGACAUCCAGCUGUUCGGCAUCGGGAUCCAGUCUGAACACUGUGUGCUGGACGUCACGUCUGACGGAGACGUCACGCUCACGCCGGCCGACAACGCCAGGACGUGUGUGAACGGGACGAUGGUGUACUCCAGGGUUCAGCUGUGGCACGGCGACCGCAUCCUGUGGGGAAACAACCACUUCUUCAGAAUCAAUCUGCCGAAGCGCAAGCGGCGCGAGCGACCGAAGGAGCCGGAGCGUGACUCUCCUCGCCAAAGCUUGGCCGAAGCCGACGUGGAGACGGCGAGCCAGGCCUCGUCCGAACAGGACUACAGCUACGAGUUCGCACAGAUGGAGGUCAUGAUGAAAGCACUGGGGAGCAAUGACCCCAUGCAGAAGGCGGUGCAGGCUCUGGAGAAGCAGUAUGUGGAGGAGAAGCGUGUGGCGCUGGAGGAGCAGCGGAUGAUGUACGAGCGCGAGCUCCAGUCUCUGCGGCAGCAGCUCUCUCCGGAGAAAGUGUCUCAGCACCAGCGCUGCAGCAGCUUCCCCACACACACCACACACAACAAACUGCGCCUGUGGAGCGACGAGAGGGACGAGCUGUUUCGUCAGAGUCUGUCUCGGCUGCGUGAGCAGGUGGUCCGAGCGAACGUUCUGGUGCGAGAGGCUAACUUUCUGUCCGAGGAGAUGCACAAACUCACCGACUAUCAGGUCACGCUGCAGAUCCCAGCCGCCAACCUCAGCGCCAACCGCAAGCGCGGUGCUAUAGUCAGUGAACCGGCCAUCCAGGUGCGACGUAAAGGGAAGGGAACGCAGGUGUGGACCAUCGAGAAACUAGAGAACAAACUCGUGGACAUGAGAGACCUUUACAGAGACUGGAGGGAAGGAACACAGGACGUGGUGAGUGAAAGAAAACAGUGCUCUUAUUCAUCAAGGAAACAUUAAACUGAUCAAAAGUGA